AUGGAAAGCAGCUUCGCAGAUGUGCUGGUGAAGGUAGGCAUGUUCAUCCUUGUUCAGGGCUUGGUAUAUCUCAUCCUUUCCAACUCAUCCAAUAUCUUCUCCAAAACUACCCCGAGGUCCCACAGAUUCAAGCCAGCUCGCUCUGUUAGUAUUCGCCGGAUGCUUGCUGCUCUUUCUGACUUACCCGCCGGCGGCGAGCUCUCUCCUUCAACAAACUCAACGGACAUGAACACGAUGAUGAUGCACUCCCCUAACAGCAAAAGUAGUGGCCAAGAAAACUCAACCGCUCGAUUCUCCUAAUUAAAUUAAGCACAUAUUUAUAUGUGAGUCCAUUUGGAUUUAAAUGUCUUGUAAUAUGUAAUACUAAAUUUGUUUGUGAGUUGAGAGAUUAUUCAUUUGUUAUUUUGGUUUAAUGUCUUGUAAUAUGUAAUACUGGGUAUAUAUUGGUAUUAGAAUUUUGAAAAUUAGAAUGAAUUUUGAUA